UGUAUUCAUACGCGCAUUUUGCUGCGCAUCUGGCAGACGACAAAUUUGACAGUCAGCUGUUUGUUUACACUACAUGCUGUUUAUUGUUGUCAUUUCUCAAACAGUGUCUACAAUUUUACAUUUAUUUUCUCUUCUUCUGUUAUUUCUCUUGUUUUUAAAAAGUGUUUCUAAAAGAAAUUAGAAAAUUAUAAUUAUUACUGAAAAUCCUGAAAAUGGAAGAGGAGAAUUUAUUGAAAGAAAUCAAGUCUUUGAAAACUAUUUUAAAGGAGAAGGAAAUUCGUCUUGCUGAGAUUAGACGUGAAAAAGAAAUUUUACAAAAUAAUGGAUUGAAUAAUGAAGAAAUUGCUCGAUACAGUAGACAAAUUCUUUUACCAGAAAUUGGAGUAAAAGGACAAGUACUUUUGAAAAAUUCAUCGGUUUUAAUUGUGGGAGCUGGUGGUCUUGGUUGUCCUUCAGCUUUAUAUUUAGCAAGUGCUGGAAUUGGACACAUUGGAAUAGUUGAUUAUGAUGAAAUUGAAAUUAGUAAUCUUCACAGACAAGUUUUAUUUUCCCAAUUAGAUGUCGGUAGUUCAAAAGUCGAAUCAGUUAAAACUGUUCUGAACAGGCUAAACAGUAAUGUAAAAGUUACAACAUACAAAGUUCAGUUUACUAGCGAAAAUGCUUUAGAAAUUAUUGGCAAUUACGAUGUGAUUUUGGAUGCAACUGAUAAUGUUGCAACGAGAUAUUUGUUAAACGAUGCUUGUGUCAUUAGCAAAAAGCCUUUAAUUUCUGGAUCUGCUUUAAAAUUUGAAGGACAACUUACAGUUUAUAAUUACAAUGGACCAUGCUACAGAUGUAUUUUUCCAAAACCUCCGCCACCUGAAUCUGUAACAAAUUGUAGCGAUGGAGGAAUUCUUGGUUCAGUUGUGGGAGUAAUAGGAGUGCUACAAGCUCAGGAGGCUGUAAAAAUAAUUUUAAAUCUAUCAGGAAUUCUUUCUGGUCGACUUUUAUUGUACGAUGGAUUGGAAUCGACAUUUCGAAAUGUUCGCUUACGACAAAAAAAUCCUGAUUGCAUUUAUUGUGGUGAAAUUAUUGGAAAUUGUGAAUUAAUCGAUUAUGAGGAAUUUUGUGGUUCAAAAGCAAUUGAUAAAAAUCCUAAUUUAAAUGUUUUGAAGAAAAACGAAAGAAUUACAGUUGAGGAAUAUCGUGAGAUAUUAUUUUCAAAGUCACAUGUGUUAAUUGAUGUUCGUUCACCGGAGGAAUUUGAAAUUUGUCGAUUAGAGAAAUCAAUUAAUAUUCCAAUUAAUGAUAUUAAUAAAGAAAAUAGUUUGAAUUUAAUUAAAAAUGAAAUCGAUAAAAUUGAUUCUAAUGCUCUAGGAGUUUUCGUUUUAUGUAGAAGAGGAAACGAUUCACAAAAAGCAGUGAGAAUUUUGCAAAAUAAGCUUCCAGAUUGUAAAUUAGAAAUUAAAGAUAUUGUCGGAGGUCUUCAUGCAUGGACAAAGAAAAUCGAUCAGCGAUUUCCUAUUUAUUAAUUAAUAAAAAUUAAAUUACUAAUAUAAUGAAUGUAAUUUAAAUAUUUACAUAUAUUUUUAAAAUGUUAUUUGUACAAAUUCUGUAAAUAAAAUUUUUUAAUAUAA